UUUUUUUUUUUUUUUUUUUUUGAGUUACACUAAAUGUUUCAGACAUGGACUUGACUCCUGCGAUUUCCACCGCCGUCGCCGCCAUUACCACCGGCGGAGGACCUGUCAAAUCCCCUGAAUUAGACACCGACACACCCAUCAAAAUCCAACCCACCACCAAAUCUCACCCUUUCACCAACGGUGUCCUCAAGCGCCACCAUAACACCCCACCGCCUGUCGUCUACAAAGAAUGCCUCAAGAAUCACGCCGCCAGUUUAGGUGCCCAUGCUUUGGACGGCUGUGGCGAGUUCAUGCCUUCCUCUACCGCCACCGCCUCCGAUCCCACUUCCCUUAAAUGCGCUGCUUGCGGCUGCCACCGGAAUUUCCACCGCCGUGAGCCGGAGGACUCAAUCGCCACCCCGACGACAACCCAUAUCAUUGAGUACCAACCUCACCAUCGUCACCACCCACCGCCACCUGCAGCAAAUCGAAGCCCAAGCUCUGCCUCUCCUCCACCGAUCUCUUCCUCCUACUACCCUUCAGCUCCCCACAUGCUUCUUGCCCUUUCCGGCGGACUGCCGGAAAACGCCAGCGGUGGAUUCCACCACUCGAUUCUGACUCCAAGCCCCAAUUCGAGAAAGCGAUUCAGAACAAAAUUCACUCAAAAUCAAAAGGAAAAAAUGUAUGAAUUUGCAGAAAAAGUGGGUUGGAAGAUUCAAAAACGAGACGAAGAUAUGAUCCAAGAAUUCUGCAACAACGUCGGAGUAGACAGAGGCGUUCUCAAAGUUUGGAUGCACAACAACAAGAACACUUUGGGGAAAAAAGACGGCACCCAGAACACCAACGGCAGCGGUGGCGACGGCGACGACGACGGCGAUGACAAAAUGAACGGCGGCAACGAGCCACACGCCGCCGCAAAUGGGUCGUCUUCUUCAUCUUGAUCUGAAUAAAUUGAUGGAUGGAUGGAUGUUAGCAGAGAGUAUCAGAGAUAGAAGAGUAAGCAUCUUUUUUUUUUUUAUUGUUCUUUUUUGCCCUCUUUUAAUUUCUCAAGUUCAUUUUCUAAUUACAUUUCAAUAUUUUCUCAUCCUGUUUCCAAUUAAAUUAACCAGAACAUCACCUUGGAAUUGAAAUAUAUCCAUAGUUCAUCAUAAACCCA